UGAUCCAAAUGGAUGCGGUGAACUAGUCCCGCGGCGGAUGAAUGAGGCGGAUGUAUACUGCAGUAGUCGGUCCUCAGCUGAUGUGAAACUAUCAGCGGCAGAGAGAGACAAGAGGAGCUGCUGCACUGUCUGUACAACUACAACACUGGAACAAAUAGUGAAUGGUAGUGUCUAGAAAGGGUAUGUCCCUUCAGGAGAGAGGUGCCAAUGUCCAACCGGCCUAAUUCCAAUCCAGGGGGGUCACUGCGCCGUUCUCAGAGGAACACUGCUGCGGCUCAGCCACAAGACCAAACAGUCGCAGGAAGGUUGCAGUCAGAGCAGGUAAAACAUAAAGCAAAUUCCCCUCCUGAGCAUAGAAGACCUAAUACUAAGGCUUCCAAAGCCACAGCCAGCUCAGCCACUGGCCAGUCCAGAGGGCACAGCACAAGAAGAAGUGGUCUCAGUCUGUCCGUGGCUUCAUUUGUGAUACAAGGUGACCCAGAGGCCGCGGGGACAUCCGAACAAGAACGACAAAGCCAACCAUCAAAAAGUGAAGGCACCCGCGCUUUAAAGAGAAGUGAAGCUUCUGACCAAAUUAAUUCUUUUGGACCGAUUCCUGCAAAAAAAUCCAAAUCAAUCUCCCCACCCUUAGAGACAAAGAAAGCAUCAGCAAAGGCCAAGAAGAGAUCAAUUGCUCCAGAAGCACCUGCACCGUCAGGUCGAGGUCAGAGUAAGAAAAGUGGGGCCAGUGCGGCCUCACCAACUCAGAAACGCAAGAAAGCAGACUCUCUCCCUGGGCUAAGUAGCACCACAGGGUCCCUCCCCAAUCGUACGGAGGGCAGAACUGCAAAACUCACCAAGCUGGCGUCUAAAUCGGCCGCCUCAGCCAAAGCUGGGUGUAGCAACGUGACGGAUUCCUCCUCUUCUGCCUCCACCUCGUCCUCUUCCUCUACCACAGGCGCCCACAGCACUGCCACGCAGGGGGCCCGCGUUAAACAGAGAAAAGACCAGACUAAAGCUCGCCGCUCUCGCUCAGCUUCAAGCCCGUCCCCACGGCGAAGUACCCGGGACAAGGAGCAGGCCAAAUCUUCCAGUUCAUCAAAGUUUGAGUGGGCAGCACGCUUCAACCCCAAAGUAAAUCUGCCAAAACCCAAGCUGUCCCUGCCCGGCUCUUCAAAGACUGAGGCAUCCAAACCUGGGCCUUCUGGAUUACAAGCUAAACUAGCAAGUUUAAGAAAAUCAACUAAGAAACGCAGCGAGUCUCCUCCAGCAGAGCUCCCCAGUUUUCGGCGGAGCACACGCCAGAAGACCACGGGCUCCUGUGCCAGCACUAGUCGGCGGGGCUCGGGCCUGGGCAAGCGUGGGGCAGCCGACGCUCGCCGACAAGAAAAAAUGGCCGACUCCGACAACAACCAGGAUGGGGCCAACUCCUCUAAUGCGCGCACGGACGAGGCUUCACAAGGAGCUUCAGCUUCAAGUUCAGUCGCAGGAGCAGUAGGCAUGACCACAUCUGGAGAGAGCGAGUCGGAUGAUUCUGAAAUGGGAAGGCUUCAAGCCCUUCUGGAGGCCAGGGGUCUCCCUCCACAUCUGUUUGGACCUCUCGGACCUCGAAUGUCCCAGCUGUUCCAUAGAACCAUAGGCAGUGGAGCAAGCUCCAAAGCUCAGCAGCUACUGCAAGGCCUUCAGGCCACAGGGGAUGAGUCUCAGCAGCUCCAGGCGGCCAUUGAGAUGUGUCAGCUGCUGGUUAUGGGCAAUGAGGAGACUCUGGGGGGAUUCCCUGUCAAAAGUGUGGUGCCCGCUUUAAUAACACUGUUACAGAUGGAGCAUAAUUUUGAUAUUAUGAAUCAUGCGUCUCGUGCACUCACUUAUAUGAUGGAGGCCCUCCCCCGAUCUUCUGCUGUGGUCGUUGAUGCCAUUCCUGUCUUCCUUGAGAAGCUCAAGGUGAUUCAAUUCAUUGACGUUGCAGAGCAGGCCCUCACUGCUUUGGAAAUGUUGUCUAGGCGACACAGCAAAGCCAUUUUGCAGGCUGGUGGGCUUGCUGACUGUCUGCUUUACCUAGAGUUCUUUAGCAUCAAUGCUCAGAGGAAUGCUUUGGCCAUAGCAGCUAACUGCUGCCAGAGCAUAACUCCUGAUGAGUUUCAUUUUGUUGCGGAUUCUCUUCCACUGCUCACACAGAGGCUAACACAUCAGGACAAAAAGUCUGUUGAAAGCACUUGUCUCUGUUUUGCGAGGCUUGUAGACAACUUCCAGCAUGAGGAGAACCUGCUCCAGGAGGUGGCCUCGCGGGACCUAUUAACAAACAUACAGCAGCUGCUGGUAGUCACUCCUCCUGUCCUCAGCUCGGGCAUGUUCAUUAUGGUGGUGCGCAUGUUUUCUCUUAUGUGCUCCAACUGCCCCUGCCUGGCAGUCCAGCUCAUGAAGCAGAACAUAGCUGAAACUUUGCGCUUCCUCUUGUGCGGUGCAUCAAAUGGCAGUUGCCAAGAACAAAUUGAACUGGUACCCAGAAGCCCCCAGGAGCUCUAUGAAUUGACCUCUCUUAUAUGUGAGUUGAUGCCCUGUUUGCCUCGAGAGGGCAUCUUUGCAGUUGACGUAAUGCUGAAGAAGGGUAGUGCUCAAACAACUGAAGGGGCCAUUUGGCAGUGGAGGGAUGAUCGUGGACUGUGGCACCCGUACAACCGCAUUGACAGUCGCAUUAUUGAGACAGCUCAUCAGAAUGGGGAGGAUGAAAUUAGCCUGUCGACCCUUGGUCGUGUCUACACUAUUGACUUCAACUCUAUGCAGCAGAUCAAUGAGGACACAGGAACAGCCAGGGGCAUCCAGAGGAAACCCAACCCCCUUGCCAAUCCAAACACAGGAAGUCAUCAGGAGGUGCGGCGGGAAGACGCACGAGCCCAGCUAAUGAAGGAAGACCCGGAGCUUGCCAAGUGCUUCAUCAAAACACUGUUUGGGGUCCUGUACGAGGUGUACAGCUCUUCAGCCGGCCCUGCUGUCAGACACAAGUGCCUUAGAGCCAUCCUCAGGAUCAUCUUCUUUGCAGAUGCAGAGCUGUUAAAGGACGUACUGAGGAACCAUGCAGUGUCUAGUCACAUUGCCUCCAUGCUGUCCAGUCAGGAUUUGAAGAUUGUAGUUGGGUCUCUACAAAUGGCUGAGAUCUUGAUGCAAAAGUUACCUGAUGUCUUCAGUGUUUAUUUUAGAAGAGAAGGUGUGAUGCACCAGGUUAAAAAUUUGGCUGAGUCUGAGAGUUUAUUGGUGACCAGUCCUCCCAAAGCAUGUCAAAGUGGAACUGCUAGCUUGUGUCCUACCAGCAACAGCACGGCCUCCACCACCUCUUCUAAUAAUGCUACAGCAGAUCUGGGCUCGCCCAGCUACCAGCACAGCAUGGACGACUCCCUGGACCUCAGCCCACAGGGGCGCUUAAGUGAUGUCUUGAAGAGAAAACGAGUGCCAAAAAGAGGGCCCAGAAGGCCAAAAUAUUCUCCACCAAGGGAUGAUGAUAAAGUAGACAAUCAGGCUAAAAGCCCAACCAGUACGCAGUCACCCAAAUCCUCAUUUUUGGCAAGCCUAAAUCCCAAAACAUGGGGGAAGUUGGGUGCCCAGACCAACAAUGCCAACUCUGAACCAUCUCGCACAGCAGGAGUGAGUGGAUUGGCUAGAGCACCACCCAAGGACUCCAUUUCUAAUAACAGAGACAAAAUAAAAGCCUGGAUCAAAGAACAGGCUAGCAAGUUUGUGGAACGCUAUUUCAACUCCGAAAAUGUGGAUGGCAGUAAUCCCGCACUGAAUGUACUCCAGAGACUUUGCACAGCCACAGAGCAACUUGGGCUGCAGGUGGAUGGCGGCAUGCAGUGUCUGGUGGAGAUCUCCAAUAUAGUUUGCGAAUCGGAUGUGUCAUCGUUUGAGAUCCAGCACAGUGGGCUGGUGAAGCAGCUCCUGCUCUAUCUGACCUCCAGCACAGACAGGGACUUGCUGAGUCGUGAUUUGCGGCUGAAGCGGUUCCUUCAUGUUUUCACAGACUGCCCUGUUCCAGGCAUGGAGCCCCUUACUCGUUUGGACCCUACAAUGAACGGAGCAUACUUGGCUUUAGUGCACAAGAUGAACAGCUGUUUGAGUCAGAUGGAGCAGUUCCCUGUCAAAGUUCAUGACUUUCCCAGUGGCAAUGGAAAUGGAAGCAGAGGAUCUCAGGCUCUGAAGUUCUUUAACACUCAUCAGCUGAAGUGUCAGCUGCAAAGGCACCCAGACUGCACCAAUGUCAAACAGUGGAAAGGUGGUCCAGUAAAGAUUGACCCUUUGGCUCUGGUUCAAGCCAUUGAGAGAUAUCUUGUGGUUAGAGGAUAUGGUCGGAUCAGAGAGGAGGAUGAGGACAGCGAUGACGAUGGUUCAGACGAUGAAAUUGAUGAAUCACUGGCGGCGCAGUUCCUAAACUCUGGUAGCGUGCGGCACAGACUCCAGUUCUACAUCGGGGACCAUCUUCUGCCGUACAACAUGACUGUGUACCAGGCAGUGCGACAGUACAGUCUGCAGGCUGAAGAGGAGCGCGAGUCCACCGAUGAUGAGGCUAAUCCCCUGGGGAGAGCGGGCAUCUGGACCAAAACGCACACCAUCUGGUAUAAACCUGUGAGAGAGGAUGAGGAUGGCAGCAAAGACUCUGUGGGUGGGAAGAGAGGCCGAGCACAGACUGCUCCCACCAAAACCUCACCUCGAAAUGCCAAGAAGCAGGACGAGCUCUGGCACGAUGGUGUUUGUCCCAGCGUCACCAACCCACUAGACACUUACCUCACUACGGAGCCACCAGAGACCAUAACCUUUGAUGACCCUUCUUUAGAGGUCAUCCUGCUGCUGAGGGUCCUGCACUCCAUCAGUAGAUACUGGUUUUAUUUGUAUGAAAAUGCAGCAUGUAAGGAGAUCAUCUCCACCACUGAGUUCAUCAACAGUAAGCUGACAGCCAAAGCCAACCGUCAGCUGCAGGACCCACUGGUCAUCAUGACGGGCAACAUUCCCACAUGGCUCAUUGAGUUGGGGAAAACCAGCCCGUUCUUCUUCCCUUUUGACACCCGGCAGAUGUUGUUCUAUGUAACAGCCUUCGAUCGUGACAGAGCCAUGCAGCGAUUACUUGACACAAACCCUGAAAUCAACCAGUCGGAUUCCCAGGACAGCAGAGUUGCACCGCGUCUUGACAGGAAAAAGAGGACAAUAAACCGUGAUGAGCUGCUUAAACAGGCUGAGUCUGUGAUGCAGGACUUGGGCAGCUCUAGAGCCAUGUUAGAGAUUCAGUAUGAGAAUGAGGUUGGCACAGGACUUGGCCCCACUCUGGAGUUUUAUGCCUUGGUGUCUCAGGAGCUGCAGAGGGCCGACCUGGGUUUGUGGAGGGGCGAAGAGGUCACACUGUCCAACCCUAAAGGAAGCCAAGAAGGAACCAAAUACAUGUUCUGCUCCAGGGGGCUGUUUGCUGUUCCCUUUGGUAGGACGACCAAACCAGCACACAUCGCCAAAAUAAAGAUGAAGUUCCGUUUCCUAGGAAAGUUGAUGGCCAAGGCCAUCAUGGACUUCAGGCUGUUGGAUCUGCCUUUGGGCUUACCCUUUUAUAAGUGGAUGCUGCGACAUGAGCCGUCCAUCAGCUCACAUGACUUGGUGAACAUCGACCCGGCUGUGGCCAAGUCUAUACAACACCUGGAAGAUAUCAUUCGACAGAAGAAGAGACUAGAGCAGGACAGAUCGCAGACCAGGGAGACCCUGCAGCAGGCACUGGAGAGCCUCAACAUGAACGGCUGCUCAGUGGAGGAUUUGGGCUUGGACUUCACACUACCAGGAUUCCCAAACAUUGAGCUGAAGAAGGGAGGCAAAGACAUCGCGGUGACCAUCUACAAUCUGGAGGAGUACCUUAGGUUGGUGGUCUACUGGACUCUAAACGAAGGGGUGUCCAGACAAUUUGAAUCGUUUCGUGAAGGAUUUGAGUCUGUAUUCCCGCUGCAUCACUUGCAGUAUUUUUAUCCAGAAGAGCUGGACCAGUUGCUGUGUGGUAGUAAGUCAGAGACUUGGGACGUGAAGACGCUUAUGGAGUGCUGUCGACCGGACCAUGGCUACACACACGACAGUCGUGCUGUGCGGUUCCUGUUUGAGGUAUUGAGCAGCUUCGAUGCCGAGCAGCAGAGGCUCUUCCUGCAGUUCGUCACAGGAAGCCCCCGACUGCCAGUGGGAGGAUUUCGGAGCUUGAACCCCCCGCUGACUAUUGUGAGGAAGACUUUUGAGUCGUCAGAGAACCCGGAUGACUUCCUCCCGUCAGUCAUGACCUGCGUCAACUACCUGAAGCUGCCUGACUACUCCAGCAUAGAGAUCAUGAGAGAGAAACUGUUGAUUGCAGCUCGAGAGGGCCAGCAGUCCUUCCACCUUUCCUGAUCUCGUCACAUCUCACAUUAAAAUGCCUUCAACAGCGACUGAUGAAAUCAUAACUUCCUCUUUAGUUUUUUGUAAUCACUUACAUUAAGGCUCUGUACAGCCUUCUUGUUAGAGAAAGCAGCUUGCAGAAGAAUAAGACUCUAAAUAUAUAUUUGCUGCCCCGUCUCUCAAAAAAUGUAUAAAAAGAAAAAAUGGAAAAGUGUUCCAUGACUCGCUGAAGUUAAAGUAUAAAAGAGUAAAACCUAUAUCAGUAGUUGAGUAAUGUUAAAAAAAUGAAAACAUCUGGGUGACAUUUUAAACUGCAUUGCUAUGUGAUAUUUAAAAAGGGACGUUUCCUCUCCGAAGCGACGGACUGCGUCACUAACUGUGGAAAGAGGAGGGGGGUCCAUUGAGCAAGCUAGAUUUACUUUAGCUCCAAAGAUCAUUUGUACAGACAAAUUUGCAGACUUUGCUCAUUCUACACAUUUGAUAGAAUAGUUCUUUGUUCUGACGUCGCUCCUCGGUUCGUCUGUUCGGUUCUGUAUUAUAUCGGCCCCGUUUGUGUGUUGCUUUUGAGUUCAGCUUCUCCCUCUGUGUGUCUCUGCUUCCACUUGUGAUGGUGAGAGUUGCUGUUGGUUGAAUGCGGGUAGUGACGAGCGAUCAUUACCAGAGGUGGGCAGAGAGAAUACUAAGAGCAUUGAGUAACUCUUUGGAUCCUAUUUCAUCACUAUAAAAAAAAAAGUACAAGUUCUGGUAUUGCACACAUACUCAAACUCUUAUUAAAUGAUAUUGCUUCUUUUAAAUAUUACUGAAUUACCCAAAAAGUUACUCAAAUAUAAAAGUAACUCUCCCUACCUCUGCUGUGAUCUUUAUUCCCUUUUACCCAUUUUGAUUGAUUGCUCUCUGGCCUCCUUUUUAUUUUAGAGAGCUUCAGCCAUGUGUUGAUCAGGUGAACUUGCUUUUUGCUCCAUUAUUUUUUUUAAAUAGUUAGUCUCUUUCCGUUGGGCCCUAUCUGGAUGUGUGGGGUUUUCUUGGCCCAAUUGAGCGCUGAGCAACCCCUCAACACAUAAAUGUAGCUGGGCACAAAGUUUGGCUGGUCUUCUUGUUUCAUAGCGAGCAUUUCAAGUUCAUUUAUGGAGUUUAAAGUUUGUACGCAGCGCCGCACCCUGUUCCGGAGGUGCGAAUGUCUGCUUUACCUUUUAUAAUUUUCUAUUUGGUCUUUAUUUCUUGCUGUAGUUGAUGAUGAUUAUUUUUUUCUCUGCACUGCUGGCUUGGAACAAACCGUGGUGUGCACCUGCAGUCUGUGGCCAGGCGAGGGCGCCACUGUAUGCUCUCCUGGCUCAAUCGUUCAUGUGCUGGUUUCUAAGAUCUGCAAUAAUUUACUGCAUCAGGUUCAUGUUUUUACCUGAACAUAAAUAAAGUAACUGUUUGACUCAU